UUCCCGAAAGGGCACCCCCACCUCUCCCUCGACAGCCCCUAAUAGCAUCGCUGACAUCCGCAAGAGAGAGAGAGAGAGAGAGAGAGAGAGGAAGUGCGUCAGUUCGUCACGCCCCAAACCUUAACCUUGCUCAACGCUGAGCCAGCACAGCCAGGUCAGCAGGCACCAUCAGAGGAGUUGCAGCCUAGGAGUCAGGAGAGACGAGAGACCAUGCCACGCAGCCGGUGGCCGAACACGACCCCCUCCGGGGCGGGGCCGGCCUGUCUCGUCUUGGGCCUCUUGCUCAGCAGGUCCGGUCGCUCCGUGCAGGCCUUCGUCCCCGCCCACCAUCGAGGUGUUUCCUCGUUGACGCCGCCGUCCGCGCCGGCAAGGGGAGGGCGAGCCUUGGUGAGGCCUAGGGCGGGAGACAUGAGGCUCUCGGCCACGGGGGGUAGCGGCGGGGCCGGAGAUAUUGACUCGUCCGAGUUGUACGCAGAUAUGCGUCGCCGGCUAGAGGAGCUACGACAGAGCAGCAGUAGCAGCAGCGACACGGGCUUGUCACCAAUAGAGGACGACGUGAGCGAUCUAGGUCUGUUCCAGCAGCAAAACGACGAGGAUGGUGGUGGGGGCGGUGGGGGCGGAGCGAAGGCGUAUUCUGCGCAGGAGAUGAAGCAGCGUUACUACGAAGCGUUCUGGCGAGCAAGAAACCUGCACAAGGAGGCCAAGUUCGAGGGAAGUAGUGGCAUCGAAGACGACUACAGUUCGGACACCCCCGCGCCGCCCGCCACCCCGCCUCCGGAGGCCGAAGCGGGCUCUCGCACAACGAUUCUCUCGCACAUGGCAAUGGACAUGUUCCUCUCUCGCGGCGCAGCCGCCGAAGCGGACGAUGCCGAUGCCACGGCGACCUCCUCCUCGGAUGUGCAAGGGCUAACCCAGAUGUACUAUCUCGAACUCGAAGAAGAGGAACGCGCUCUUGCUUCUACGGCGGCGGCUGCGGCGACGACGGCGGCGGAACCGUUGCCGGUACGACAACCGCAGCACGCGGCGGUGGGCGCCGAAGCCGUUUUCGCUGCGUCAGACGUCGCCGCCGCAGCGGAGUCGAUGAUUCCUACCGCCGAGCCGCAGGGGUUGACCCAGGUGUUCUUCCUCGACCCCAAGGACGAGGCCUUGGCGGCCGCCGCUCUUCCCGUGGUGCCCGGACGGUCGUUCCUGAGGGAGAGGCUCGGCGUUCCCGGGGAGGUAGUGCAGGACUUGCGCCAGGUGGAGUUGGACCACGCACGUCUUGCCAUGCUCGCCGUGCUUCUGAGCGGUGCUGUCGGGGCGGGGGCAGGGGCAGGGGCCGGCGUGUUAUUGAAAGCGCAUGACGGCUUCUCAGCGCUGGCGGACGUUGCGCGGACUCCCUGGCUCGACCCCUACGUGGCGGGUGGCAUCCUAGCCGCGAAGGCCCUGUCGGAGGGAGACUGGCGGAUCGGCAAGGGCGCCAUGGCCGGGUGGGCAGACCGAGCCCUGAGCGCGGUGUCGAACACGGGCGCGAAGGUGCUUCGCCUCGGUUCUGGUAACGAGUGUUUGGGCGUAGUCUGUGAGGCUGUCUCGUGGUGCGGUGUAUACUCACUGGUGGCGGAGCUGUAA